AUGACGUUUCAACUGUUUCACUCAAACUAUGGAGAGUAUCAGCAACAAGAAAUUCCUUUCAGAGAAAACAGUUUUAUAGGUAAUAAACCGAUAUUACGUGAGUAUGAUUUUGUUGUCAUUGGAGCCGGUCCAGGAGGUUGUGUCGUUGCAAACCGUCUAUCUGAAGAGAAAAAUUGGAGAGUACUGUUAUUAGAAGCAGGGCAAGAUGAAUCUAUAUACACAGAUAUACCAGCGGCGCUACAAUUUUUAGAAAAUACAGAUUAUAAUUGGGGUUAUAUUGCUGAGCCGGCAAAACAUGGUUGUUUUGGUUUUAAAGAUAAUCGUUGUCCGUGGCCAAAAGGAAAAGGCAUGGGAGGAUCAUCAAUAAUAAAUGCCAUGUUUUAUACAAGAGGAAAAAAAGAAGAUUAUGAUACAAUUGCAGCACUAGGAAAUGAUGGUUGGGCUUAUAAUGAUGUAUUGCCUUAUUUUUUGAAAUCUGAAAACAAUUCUAUACCAGAAUAUCAAAACUCACCGUUCCAUUCACACAAAGGAAAUCUUCACGUUGAGCGAGUUAGAUAUCAUUCACCACGUGCCGAUAAAUUUAUAGAAGCUGGCGGAGAAUUAGGAUUAAAAAAAAAUAUUGACUUUACAGUUGAUCCGGAGCAUGGAGUAUCUCGCUUACAACUCACAACACUGCUUGGACAUAGAGUAAGUGCGUCUAAAGCCUUUAUUCGCCCAGCCAAAAAUCGUCAAAAUCUUCAUGUAGCAAUAUACAGCCGAGUAACAAGAAUACUCAUUGAUCCAAAAACUAAAAAAGCAAUAGGGGUAGAGUUUAUUAAAAAGGGAAAAAUUAGAACAGUAUAUUCAAAAAAAGAAGUAAUUUUAUCUGCUGGACCUAUCAAUUCACCACAAUUAUUAAUGCUAUCAGGAAUUGGACCAAAAGAGCACCUGAAGCAUCACGGUAUACCAGUAAUCCAAGACUUACCAGUUGGAAAAACUUUACUCGACCACUAUGGCACAUUGGCUAUCAAAUUUGAAGUUAAUCAAACUGAACCAGCGCUGACACAAGAAACCAUUGCAGACAAGCAUUUAUUUGAAGAAUGGUUCAAAUAUGGCCGAGGACCAUUAACAGCACCAGCAGGAGUGGAUGGCUUAGGUUAUGUAAGGGCACCAUCCGGCAAAGGAAUUGAAUUGAUAUUUGGUGCUUUAUCAGAUGAACCAAAUAUGUUUUUCAUUGCUACCGUGCUGUUACAACCAGACGCCCGUGGAAGUGUAACUUUGAAAAGCAAAAACCCAUUGGAUCCGCCCAUUAUGUCCUAUGGUUACUAUGAACACAAUACUACUGAUUUAGAAGACAAUGUUUUUGCACUUAAAUAUGCAGUGAAAUUAGUAGAAGAAACACAGGCAUUUAAAGAUAUCGCAGCACCAGACAAAUACCUGGCAUCAUCAAUGCGGUACAUGCAGGAUGGGAGACGUUGUAAACAGCAAGUUACAAGUAAUCGGAAUUGA